AUGAUUUAGACUGGUUUAAAUAUUGUACUUGAGGAUUCUGUCAAGGAAACAUUAGAACAAUUAAAUAAAUUCAAAGAAGGUCCAUUCAGUGGUAUAUUAAUAACAGGAAGACCAGGAACAGGAAAGACUUUUUUAUGCAAAUAUUUUGCAUAAAUAAAUGAUUCUUGUCAUUUGUUUUUCAACUGUGUUAAUGAGUUCCAAAAUUUGGAAGCAUCAUAGAUGGUUGAAUUGAUAAAGUAAGAAAGAAAAAAGCUAGUAUUUUUUGAUGACUUGGAAUAUUUUAGUUUUGUUCAAUAGGAGAAAUAUUAUAAAUUAAUUGAAAUUUUAAAGAUAUGUUAAGAAUAAGAACACAAAUUGGUAUUAAUCACUCAGUCCCCAGAGAAACUGGACCUUUAUCCUUAAAAAUUACCAUAUGAUAAAGCCACAGUAAUAUUAUUACCAGAGAAGAAAUUUAGAGAAUAACUAAUAGCAAAAAACUUACCAUAGUUUAACUUUUUAAGUGGGUUAACGGAUAGCUAUUCAGUGAGUGAUCUUAUUUCUUUAAUUAAAGAUAUUUAGAUGGAACCAUUAAGAAAGAUAAUUAAUUGUUAAAGUUUCGAACUGAUAGAUGGACAGUAUCAUGUAAAUGAGAUUAUAAAUGAAUCAAGCUUACAAUUAAGCUAUGAUGAGAAACUAAGGUUUAUGUAGGAGGGUAAAAUAAAAAUCGAAGAAUUAGAAGAAAAAGAUGUAAGAAGAAUAUUGAAUGAGAAAAAAAGAAUAUGA